CAUUAUAGAAGAUUAAUAGUCUUUGACAAUAGAGCCAUGAUAAUGUUCAAACUUAUUUAUUUCAAUUAAUUAUAGUCGAAAUUCGACUACCAGGGGAACACUAGUACAUGUAUUAUAACGACUGCCUCAACGUUGGAACCGGAAGACACGACGGCAUCGCGGCAGAAAUAAGCUAGCCGUUUGCUCUCACCCACGCAAGCACAUAAUAUGCUUUAAUUAUCAGUAGAUCUGGUUGGUGAUCGCUGGUACAAUAAUAAGAGCGCUGGUGACGCCCUCACUCCCCUCACCUCCCCCUCAAGAGGAUACAGGGGCGCUAUUCCAACCGACAAAAUGAUGGCUAUCAGGGAUGCAGUAACUGCAGCCGGGUCGUGUGCCCUUCAUCUAAAGAAGAUUAAAUCAGUUUCGAACCGAACAAACGCUCCUCUCGUGACUGUGAACGCUGUUCCAUGUUCAUUGAAGCGCGUAUCGACGCGGCCCCAGAAAUAAACUCUAACAGUUCACCGCGGAGCUUCCUUCUGUACACGUACCGAUUACUGCGAUUUUAGACGAAUUCAGAACUGUUUUUUCACUAAAAAGUCAUUUUAAAUUACUGCUCUUCAAUCAAAGAACUUGUCUCCGAAGAUGCAGCUCAGCAAUCGCUCCCCGGAAGACGUGGAACCUGACGUGCCGCGCUCCCGACCAGGGUCCAGGCGAAACUCUGCGUCUUCAAGAAGAAGCAGCAUCAGGGAUGUCAAGCCUCCUACACCCGCCCCGCACUCGCUGAGCUCAACGCCGAAGCACGGUGCCCGGACUCACCCUCUAGACUUCACCCUUACGGGCAAGCAGAUAACCAGACGGAGCGACCGAGCCAAUUCCCUGCCAGGAUCGUACCUCUGUCGUCCUGCCAACGAGCCGGCCAGACCAAAGAGAAUAUUCGAGUCACAAAAGACGAGACCGGUGGUCACCAAAAGACAUGAGACCUCGGUAGAAGACGACAUGUCACUGGACUAUUCGCAGAUUUCAGAUUGCGAAGAUCCAUCAUUAAAAUACGGAAGAUUCAGGGCUUUGGCGACGUCAACGCCCAGGCCGAGACUCUGCCAGAAUACGCGGAGUGUCUCCUUGCAGAACCAGAUGCACGUCCAGAGAACGGAGAGGAAGAACAGACUUGUUGAAUCGAAGAAAAGUCAAGUGAGCACCACCUCGCGCGGCAGGGACCUCUCGUGCGAUAAUACUCUCACCUCCAGCUACUACAGCAGGUGCGAAGCGGAGCUCGGCUACUCGUCAGUGUCGCCGGAGUACUCAGGGCUGUCGUCCGCGGACCACUCCCCGGGAGCCGGCGCGCCCACGGACACGUCACCCCGGACCCAAGACCUGCAGCUCUCCAGUUGUUGCGUCAGCACUUGGCAGGACAGCAGCGAGACGGACGACACCAAGGUCGAAGAGUGCAGGGACCGAAGCGGAGAGUGGGAGAGCUUCUGGGCCAAGUACAACGGCUCUAUGUCCAGAGUGUCACUGCAGGAGUAUUACGACCAGUGCCCGACGCCUUACCGCACGGGGACUUUGGACCCGGCCGAUCUUGAUACAUCUCCAGAGUUUCAUGUUCGAUCGCCGAGCAAAGUAAAAGAAUUGAACAACAUCAUUCGUAGCGAAGGCUUACAUCUGACUCCGAGGGAGACGCAAAGCAUGAUCAAAUGUGCCCACGUUCUCAGCAACGUCCUCACUAACGCCAUAGAAAGGCAUUCCAGGCAAAGUAGCCAGAGCGAACUUCGAAACGAAAUAAAAAUCGAUUCUGAAUGUGAAAUAAAAAAGAAGUCACUGAAGCUUGAUCUCAGGGAAACCGUAGCGCCUUCACGAGCGAACGAAGACGGCUGGAGCGUGACUGCGGCAACACAAACGGACAUAUCGCUACCCAACACGAAAAGCGCUCCGAGAAUCUUCGAGAACAUUCUGAGGCAGCUGUCGAAAACUACGAUCGCCGAUAGCGCGGCGACAGACAAGAAAUCCACUGAAAAAGUUGACGUUGCAACGGCAGAGAGAGAAGUCGGGAAAACUGAUGAAGAAGUCGAAGUUAAUGUUUCUGGGAAUAACUCAAAUGGUCUAGUUUAAGUUUGUUUAAUGUUAAAUGUUACAUUAAAACAUGAAUGUACCAUUUAAAAGUUAAAUGUUACUGGAAAAAAUGAAAUUUGAUGUAUAUAGUGACAUUCAUUACCUACCUAAUGGCUGGUGUCCUAAGGGACGAUAUCAGCUACUUAUAAGACCAGUAGAUGAGCUCACGGGCUCUAUCUGAGAGAAUUGCUAACACUGGCCCUGGCAAGAGAAGUGCUUCGCUGAAUCUACCGCCGGAUUGGAGAUGCGAUCCACUGAGAAGAUCCGGCGAGAAACUCAUUGGAUUGUUUAUGUGAAAGCCAGGAUAUGCAAUAAGAUUUUCUCACGUAUACUGUCGGAAAUAAGGACCGUAAAUCAAACUUAACAUUGUGUUCAAUGAGGAUGGAUGUAAAUUGAGAUGAUGAAGUCAUUUCGUUUUCAAUUUAUCGGUACACCGCGUGUAAUUAGUUUCCAAAAUAUUCUUUUCCACCUGAUGGAUGUCUAGAAGAGAUCGCUCUUAGCGAUCAGACCGCCAAUUGUACUUUUUUUGUAUUUCAUGUUUCGCAUUGUUUCUUUUGUUGGUGCACAAUAAAGAAUACUAGUGGGAAAAACUCUUUAUAAAUUUUUACCACGGCGGUGCGCUGGUUCAAUAUUUUUGAAGGAAGUUUUGCGGGGGCGAGUAUCGCUAAAGAUGCACAAAAAGAGGGGAAGGCCGAGGUUAGGCUAUGAGGAGUAGACGUACCUGCCAACCCGUCGCUAGCUUCUUCCAGGCUGCAGAAUUCGACGCCACUGCUGGACGACGCGUAAUGGCGGCGACUUGACACGGCACUCUUCUAAAUUAUUGUCUAUAAAACUUGUAUAUCACUCGCGCAAAGACGAAUAUGGUCGUCAGUAAGAGUUCGUAUAAUAGAGAUCAAUAUGAGUCCAUGAAAAUAUUUAUGUGAAAAAAUAAGCGGCGUGUGCGUGUACAGCGCGUGCGGUGCGGUCGGCGAUAGUCUUUUUUAUUUUUGACUUUUGCUUCUUAUGUUUCUUUUUUAUAAGUGGCCAUGCGAGAGGUUUUAUGUCUACUCUCAUUAAAAAAGAACCAAAUACUCUCUCUCUCUCUUUCUCUCCCUCUAAAAAGUUUUACAUAAAAAAAGGUUUUUCUUUACAUUUUUUAAAGAUAAUUAAGAAAAAACAACUCAACAGUCAGUGGCCCAUUGGAUCACUAGAAGGCUGCAACCACGACCGCUCUGGUCUAGAGUCGAUGAAAAUGAACAGGACUAUUGUCUCACGUAUCCGCUACAUGCGCUUUUUGUCAAUCUAGCUAUUAUCAAGAAGUUAAGCGAUAAAAUCCGUAGACUCCUUAACAUAGCGCCGCUGCUACAGAAAUGGUUUUAACUCUCUGAGAGCCAACCGUCGAUAAAUCGACUCUCUAUUAAUUGCGUAUGAAGUGAGGAGCAUCGGAAUACCAACUAUUGCGGAGUUUGGUAUUAGGUAUCGACUUGUCCGGACGUGCCUUAGCGCGCGCGUGAAUAACGUUUUUAAUAAGUUAAUAAUAUUUUUAAAUAUCAAAUAUCAGUAUCAUUAAUAGCAGCAUUGGUUUUUGGUUUUAUUUAAGUAUUUCUUGAUAAGGAUCUUUGUUCAAGAAUCCUUUAGCAAUUAAUGUAAAAUAUAUAAAAAUAAGCUCAACACAUAAAAAGGUUUAUUUUAGAAUAACCACAAUAAAUAAAUUAUGUACUUGUUCUAAAUAUCUUCCAUUACAAGCAUUAGACCUAACUAAUGUUCCAGUCGAAACGCCUACCAGUCUACAAAAUGAAUCCACUACCGGCUCGGAAUCUCUGAGAAGAUCCGGCGAGAAACUCAGCGAGCUGAUGUUUAGGUUAGGUUGCACGACGAACUAUGCUGAGUUCCACGAGUACGGUUACCGGGUUAACCUACUAAGUGUAUAAACUAAGCUAAUAUUUCUGUUCUUCAAACCUUGAUUCUACACUUACGCCAUUUCGGCAAUGAUUGUGAAUGUAUUUAAUAAUUUAACUAAUAUUAACUAAUUGUAUUUAUAAAUUAAGUAAGGAAAUUAUAUCAAUUAAUGUAUGAUCAAAUUGUUUCUAUAAUGCAAUUUAAAUUUUAAUUAACUUUUCAAUUAAGCUAUAUCUGUAUUUGUUUGUGAAAAUAUUGUAAUUUAAUUGUUAAUUAUUUUUGUAUGGAAUAAAAAAAGCUUUAUUAUUA